AUGUCAUUUUCUGAAUAAUAAGGUUAAGAGCUGCAGAUUAGGAAGGCAGAUUUGGAUGAUUACGACGAGAUCAUGUAAUUGAUGCAGGAAGAGGGAGAAGAGGACUUAUAAUAACUCUACGCAUAUCCCAAGAUUCUUACAUUAUUUGAGAGAUCCUAUUUGUCAGUCACAGUGCUUGAUUCAUAGAAUAAUAUUAUAGGCAGUGCAGUCUUUGAUGAUUGUCCUUAGGGUGUUACCGGAUAAGUGGACUUCAAACAUGAGAAUUUGUGGGAAUAAUGGAUUCAUGAUGGAUGGGACAUCGGCUUUCAUGUGAGUUCAUUCAACUGUCUUUGGAUGACUUUCUUUUUUCUUGAUCUAGCUAAGAAGCGAUUCCAAUUGACUGAAGACCAACAGUUACAGAUCACCAAACAAAUCUUUCAAAAGGUCUAUGAUUAUUUGAAUGUCGUCAAUGGGAUCUUCUUUUUGAGAAGGAGUGAAGCAAUUGAUGCUGCUCAAUAAGAAUUAGAUAUCGCAUUAGAGAAUUUAUUUGAAAUUCUCCCAAAAAGACAAGAUUUCAAAUUGAAAUUCAUGCAAGGAGUGAAUCAGAAUUGUGAGAUCUUCUAUUCGGCAUCUUCUAUGGUAACUGAAUUAUUGGAAAUUCGUAUGGCACGUGAAGAGGAUCAUGAUGAUUUGGCUGCUAUCUUUAAUCGUCAAUCAGAUGUACACACUGAAGAAUUUGGUGAAUUUUUUAUUGCUGAUUUAAUUGCAACUCAGAAUCAAACCAGAAGAUAAGCUAGGAAUUAUAGAAGUGAUGGAAAGGCCAUUGUAGGAUAAGUUGGGGACAAGGCAGUUGGAUUGAUGAGUAUUUCAAUCUAAAUUAGUUAUCGUCUACUAGGGUAGUGUUUCGAUUUAGAAGUGUUUGACAAUCUCUAUAAAUCAGAAUAUAUGGAAGCUAUAAGAAAUAGGUUGGAUUAAUUGGCACUCGAAGAGUAAAUCAAUAAGUAGAUCACUAAUUAUAAGAAGCACAUCGAAUUAACCAAAGAGGCUAUGAAAUGUCAUAUAAUUGGACAAAGACUCUAUUUACAAUAGUAUUGUUUUGAUAGAGAUUAGGAGAUCAAGCAAAAGAUUGAUGAUUAUGGGUAAGAAGACUUAGCUAAAACACUUACAUAAUAGGUUGUGACCAAUAUGAUUAACGGGUGGUUGAAGGAUUAUCAAGUAUUCAAACCCAGUGAUCUAUUUCUUGAAUAUCCUGAUUCAUUCAAAGAUUUAGAAUGCAUUACCAUUAAACCAAUCCAAGUUUUAUUGGAAGCACUUGAAUUCUUUGGAUUACCCAAAGGAUAUAUGAAUGGAGAAGGCCAUUGGAAAGAUUGGGCCAAGAAGAAGGAGGAAGAGUAAAAGGCUCUUUCUCUCAAAAGACCUAAAAGAUAACAGAAGAAAACCAAUAAAAAAGCAAAGAAGGAGGAUAAGGAUGAAGACAUCUUCAAACCACCACCUUAUUUUGAUUUAGGACCAUUUUUAUUAGCUUUUACUAAAUUUACAUCAGUAUCAGCUGAAACUAGAGCACAGUUCAGAAAAUAAAUAGAAUCAAGAGUCAAAGAAUUAAUCAUGGAAUUCUGUACUGAAAAUGGAGAAAUGGAUCCUAGUCGUCACAUAGAUUUAAUUGAAUUUCCAGAUGUACUAAGAAAUAAAGGAUUUGACAUUGGAGCACCGAUGGGAGAGAAUCUGGCAUUCAUACUAGAAUGUUUUGGUGAAUUAGAAGUGGACAAUAGGAUUGUGUAAAAAAUAAAGGAAGAAAAAGAUGCCAAAAAGAAGGAUGCCAAUCUUAAGAAAGUUGGUGAUGAUGCACCUAAACCUGUUGAUGUUUUGUAGAAAAUGACUUCAUAUAGUGAAUUCAUUGGGGCUAUUUAAAAACUAAAAAAUUAUGAUUAAAUGAUGUGCAGAUUGUAAUUAGUACGAUCAAAUACAUUACAGACUGAAGUUGAAGAAAUUAUAUAAGAUGAAUAAAAUAAAAUUACUAAUCUUGAGAGAGCUAAAAAUGUUGAAAGGAAUUAAACUUAAUUUGAUGAACAUGUAUCCUAGAUUCUGAAUCUAUUGAUUAACUCCCAGAAGUCCCUAAAGCAGCUCAAAAUGCUGUUGUUAUCAAUCUAUUUUGCAUAGAUGAACGAUUUGAAUCAAGAUCACUUGAUUUUGUAGAAAGAGCCUUUGAACUCUUCCCUGAUCGAGAUCUAAGAGACUACUCUGUUAUCACACUUUCUAUAAGUAUCAAGGAAGAAACACUCAACUUUUGAACAUGUUUUGUAUAUAUUCCACAGAAACAGUUUAGAUUCUCAUUUGAUUGAAUUAAGAAAGUUCAAUUAAAGUGAAUGGAACUAAUGUCAGUUUUUGGUUGAAAAUCUAUUGGGAAAAGAGAACAUUGAAAAAGAUGUCAGAAAUGUAAAUGAUAAUGAGACAUUUAUUGUCUAUUGCAAAGAUGAAAUAAUUGGAUUGUAUUGCAUGAAGAAAUAUGUCAAUCUCUAAUACUUGAAAUCUCACUUCUGUAUACAAGAUCACGUAUUAAUUAAGGAGCAUCCUAAACAUUUGCAUACUCGAUUAUUACAUGGAAUCUUGAAUCCAUUGUUUGCUAAACAAACAAGAUUUAUUUUAAGAGAAAUUUGCAGAUUGAUGGAUAAGACAUGUAUAAUGUUAGAGAUUCAUGAUCGUACUCUCUUGCCAGAUAUAUUCCAUGAAUUCAAUUUUGUGAGAAGUCGAGCAUUUCCUCAUUUCUUGAAGUAGAAAUGGGAUUGGACUCUUGACGAUGAUUAAAAAGAACGUAUGGGCACAAUUCUAGAUGAUCGUGAUCCAUAAGAUUAGACUCAAUCCCCCUUUUCAUUAGCGAUGCUUACCAAAAAAUAACUAUCUAAUGUUAAAAUCUCCAAUAAUUCUCGCAUUGUAGUAGUAGGGGCAUCUGAUACUGGAUUGUCUUUUAUUGAAUCAUUACUUACUAUAAAGGAUAUUCACUUUACCAAUAUCAUUUUAUUGGCUCCUGGAGGAUUGAUAACCAUGCAUGUUAAACAUGAAUUUGAAAUGCUAAAAGCUAUGAGUACCAAUUAUACAUUGGAAGAAUUAAGAGCGUUGAUGAUAGAUGCUAGAGUGCAGGUAGUUGAUGCUAAAAUGGUAAAGUUGGAUAAAAAGGGAAAUCGAAUUAAAAUUGAUAAAAAUGCAUUCAUUCCUUUUGAUUAUCUCAUAAUCACCGUUGGUUUGAUUGAUACUGAAUUGCAAUCAAGAGAAAAGAUUAGUUUUGGUCUAUCUAAAUCUCCCUAUUACAAAAAUUCAUAAUUUAUAAAUGGAGUCUAUAGCAUAGAUGAUCCAUACCUAUACUCCCAUUUCAAAAGAACCGGAUUCAAAGGAAAAAGAAAAAGCCAUAAAAUAUAACAAUUUAUGGUAACAACGUUGACCACCAUUACAUUCAUGAAUGGGUUACUCAAUAGAGGUGUUCAUCCAUCUCGUAUUAAUUAUGUUAUGCCACCCAAAACAUUUUAGAAAUAAACCAGAUUUGAGAACAAUAAAUAACGACUUGAAUAGGAGGACAAAAUGAUCUUUGAUCCAGAUUAAUUUGAAAAUGAAGAAGUCAAAAAUAAAGUAUUCGACAUUAUGGUAAAAUUGGGCAUAAAGAUACAUUAAGGAUUCACCUUGUAUGAAUUAAAAGUAGGGAAGGAAGGAUUUGGAUUAAAUAGUGAAGAUGUACUAUAGGAAGUCAUCUUUAGGAAGUAAGCAGACAAUUAUGAAGAGUUGAAAAUAGAGAUUCAGAGGAAAGAGCAAGAACUUUAAGAGUUGAAGGACAAUUCGGAAAACAAUAUGAGCAAAGACAUGUAUGGAGAAUAGGAAGAAGGAGAAAAUUAGUUAGAAGUACUAGCUAGAGAAAUUGAAUAACUCAAGGCAAGUGAAUAUGAUUACUUGUAAUUGGAUUCAAGAUUCUUCAUCACAAGUGGAUUAAUUGACAUUGACAAAGAAAUCUUCCAUAUCAUUCAUGAAAAUGGGUUAGUGUACAAUGGUAGAUUGAUUGUAAAGAGUAAUUUUCAAACUACUUAAGAAAAUAUAUUUGCUUGUGGUAAGAUUUGUGAGUUCUCUCAAAGAUACAAACAUCAUUCUGUCGGAAAGAGUUUAAGAUUAGAUAAAUAUAAUGGUAGGGAACUCGGUUAAAAACUAAGUAAAUGCAUUUUGGAACAAUUAAAUUUGAGUUAUCUAACAUCCCAAACUUAUUCAGUUGAUGAAUUGCCUUAGCUGUACAUGCCUAUUGGUUAAGGUGGUAUAGUCCCCCACAAACUUUAUUAUUAUUACAUUAAAAAGAAUGACUUUUCAAAACCUAGACAAUUACAAUAAUAACCAUCCAAACCCAUAGUGUCUGAUAACUUUAAGGAUUCUCAAGGCCAUUUCUUAUAAUUUGAUGUUGAUCCUAAUGGACUCAUAGAGAGUCUCACUUAUUUUGGUUCUGAGGCAGUCCAUAUACCAAGUUUAAUACACUUCAUUGAACUAUCAGUGAGAUAUUUGAACAGAUUGGAUUAGAGAGGCAAAUUGAUUAGCAAUGUGUCUGAGUUUCUCUCUGAAAAUUGGGCCAUAGCUCUUUAUCAUGAAUGGUUUAGUGAAUUUAGACACAUUACUAAGAGUGAAAUGUUGAAAAAUGAACUCAUUGAUCAAGUGCUUGAGAAAUCAUAAGAAGAUGCCAGAGAAGGUCGUUACAUGGAUGACAAUUUCUUUGAAGAUAUCAAAAAGCUUGAUCACCAGAGACAUACGUCGAAAAUAUACAAGAAGGUACCAUCGAAUUUAUCAGAUAAAAUUAGAACCACUUACCUAUGUACUUUGUUCCAAAAAAGAAACUUAAUUGAAAUAAUAAUUGAAAUAAAAUAUUAUGAGUAAAAAUUCAAGGUUUUCAUUCCCCAAAGCUCCUCGCUUCCCCUUACUUCGUAAAGUAAAUGA